CCUCAUACAAUUAUCUGUCCAUAAUUCUUGCUUCUUCAAGAGUUUUGGGAUAAAAGGGACUAAACGCGCCCAUCGGAACCCUAGCUCCUGUGGUGGCGGCCAUGUCGAGGCGGGAAAGAGAUGUCCGUGAUUCCCAUAGUAAGCGGCUCCACUCCAGGUUCGAUCGAGAGCCAAGUCCAAAGAAAUUGAAAAGAGACGAAAAACCAGAAGUAAAUAUGGCACAUUCCAGCCAUCGUAAUUCCAGUUCAAAGGAGGCUGCUGGUCAUGAACAAAAAGAACGAUCUAUGAAAGUUGAUGUCCCACUUAAAGCUCCUCCGGCUUCAAGUACUCUAGGUCCUCAGAAUGAAAAGAAGAUUCUAGAAAGAAAAGAUAAUAAGCUUCCUGUAAGAACUCAACAUUCUUCUGACAAUAGAGAAGCACCACGUUCUCGGUCAUACUAUCAGCACGACGAACGCAGCAUUGCCGGACAAGGUGGUCGAAACUUUAAUCGAAGGGAGACCGAACAUAGAAAAUGGGAUGAUUUGAGGGAACAACCCAUGAAAGAUCUGCCAAAGAAGGACGAAAGGCCUCAAUCUCAUCCAGACGAGAAAACCAGCAUCUGGCGACAUGAUCGGUUCCACGAAUUGGAGUCUGGAGCUCCAACUUUGAAGAAAAGACCUGCCUUCCGGGAGAAGAAGGUCCCUGUCGAACCAGAAACUGAUACUGCAGCAACAGGAUCAGAUAAACCCAAGUUACCUACAAGUGAACCCCCAGACUUGGCUGCCACAAAGAGAGAAGAAAGGGGAGGAUUUUAUCCCCGGGCCGAUGAUAGACGCGAAAGGCGAGCAGAUGGUUUGUACCAUCGAGAAAUACAGAGAAAUGCCGGUCAAUCGAGGGAGAGAUACGGAGCAAUGAGAGGACGGGGCGAUAGGUCUAACGUUGUUCGGUAUGGUACCAGAGACUCGAAUCGUGCCGGAGGCUUUGAGGUGGAUAAAUGGAAGCACGAUUUGUUUGAUGAGGCGAAUCGGAGCCCGCCUCGAAAGAACGAAGAAGAACAAAUUGCGAAGGUUGAAGCUCUCUUGGCAUCAUGAUUUAGAUUCUCACCCUGUUGUGAUUUACCAGCUUAAGGUGUUCUGAUGAUCAGGGGGAGUUUACAUGCGUGCACACAAUUCUUAUAUAUUUACAUCUCAUACCUAAACUUUCAUUUUUAUUUACAUAGCACUUUUAA